UUUUAGUCAAGACACUGAAAAUAUAAUUAUUAUUAUUUAACUUGUACCGGAAGUGCGCACCGCAGCGAUUGCAUCAAGGGCAACAUGGCCUCCAUGUGUCGGUCGUUUGGAAGAUUGUAUCGACAAACAGGACACAAUCAGAUUUUUGCAGUUUCUUCAAUACAGAAGAUUACAGGAUGUCAGUGUCAUCCAGCAGUUAUCUCCCCUUACCAGCACAACAAUGGUCAAUUGGAUUUCAGGAUUACUCAGAACCGAUACAUGUCAGAUGGUCGGAAGAGUUUCAUCCAAACACUGACGGAUAACCUCAAGCACGAACUGGCCAAGAAUAAAGAGAUGAAGGAGAGCUUGAAUAAAUUUAAAGAAGAAACAAAGAAGUUAGAACAGACAGAAGCUAUACAGAAAGCAAGACAAAAGUUUACAUUUGAUGAAGUUCAAAAGACUGACUUUGCCAAACGUAUGAUGGAGUCAACUGAAGAGAUCGGGAAGACCAUGGGGAAGGCGGCGGAAAAUUUCUCCAAACAGACCCAGCAGCUCGGUCAGAGCUCAACGUUUCGCAGCAUUUCUCAAAGUGUGAAAGCUGUAAAAGAAGAAUUUGAUGAUGUCACUCUGUCUAGAGCAAGGCAUUAUAAACCACCAGCAAUAUUACGCAUGAGGUCAGAUUUUUCGGGACAGAAGAAAGAUGAAAAACAGUAUGAAGCAAAUGAAGAUGACACUGGUGUUGUGCUGCACAAGGACUCCAAAUGGUACCAGAGUUGGCAGAACUUUAAGGAUAAUAAUGAAUAUGUACAUAGAAUGUUCGAUUUAAAGGCAAAGUAUGAUGAAAGUGACAACCUUAUGAUUCGAGCAACAAGAGCGUUUACAGAUAAAAUUGGAUAUGUGUUUGGAGGAAUGUUCACUAAAACCGAAAUGUCGGAGGUGCUAACAGAAAUCUGUAAAUGUGAUCCAAAUUUCGACAAAGAACACUUUAUUAGAAUGUGUGAGAGAGAAAUAAUUCCCAAUAUCCUAGAGGCUAUGAUAAGAGGAGAUCUUGAUGUUCUCAAAGAUUGGUGCCAUGAAGCAGCUUUCAACAUACUGGCUCAACCCAUCAAACAAAUGAAGGCAGCUAGCUACAAGUCUGUGUCCCAAGUAAUAGAUGUGAACAAUGUUGAUGUGGUAGCUGGUAAAAUCAUGGAACAGGGUCCAGUGCUAGUGAUCAGCUUCUCCGCCCAGCAGAUCAUGGCACUCAAGGAUGUGAAGGGCAAUGUAGUAGAAGGAAACCCAGACAAAAUAAUGAAAAUCAUCUAUGUGUGGGCCCUUUGUAGGGACCAGGAAGAACUAAAUCCGAGAGCAGCGUGGAAACUAAUGGACAUUUCAGCAAGCACCUCAGAACAGUGGUUAUAGUACAGUCUAUUGACGCGCCAUGCCAAACUAAUUGUGUACCAGCUGUCCAGAAAAAACUAAAAUCCAAUUUAUGGAACGGUUGUUACUGCAAUCAAAUAAAUUGGAUUCUCCAAGAGGAAGAAUGUGACAAUAAUGUCACUGAAGGUCAUCAGCUAGAUCUUGUGUUAAUGAAUCCGAAUGUCUUCCCAAUCGUUAACAGGUGAUUCGGUGAUCAGUGCACAAAUAGAUACAGCAGGUGUAAACAAGACAUUAUAACAGUGGAUGUUUCGUGCCGUCAGUCUGUGAUAACAAGCUUGGGAAAUAUAAUAGAUUUAUACGCCACUGAAACACCAAGUGCCUGUUUUGAAACUCAUAUUUUACUGUUUAGUGUUCAUUUUGGACAGUUGAAUAAUGACAGCUGUGUGGAUAAAAGUCAAAGUUUAAAAAAAACAAUUUUUUAAAAUUAACAACACAGAGAAUAUUGAUUUAUUAAUCUUCAUGCUAUUGGUUGUCAAACAUUUGAUAAUUCUAACAGAAUUUUUCACUUGCAGCAAGUGAGUUUUCAUAUACAUUUUACCACAGACAGGAUAGCACGUACCACAGUCUUUGAUAUACCAGUCAUGGGCACUGGUUGAGAUGGGGAAAACCCAACCAGAGAAUGGGUCCACCAAGGGGGGGUUGAUCCUACAGGGCUUCUAGAAUUUUUAUAAAAUCCACUAGCCAUGGAAUUAGUGAUUUAAAAUAUUUACUAGCCAUGCUUAAAAAUUCACUCGCCGUACUUCACUUUUAAGUUAAAAUACAAUUUUACUAAUAGUAAUAAUCGGAUAUGUCACCUAAAGAGGGAGACAGAGCUUAAAAACACUAAGAUUGAGAGUUGGGAGUGGGGAUAUUCAUAUUUAAAAAACAAGACUUAAAUGCAGCAUUUGACAACUGUUUUUCACUAGCCAUCGGGCAUGGCAAUAGUAGUUACUGACUAGCCCGACAUUGCACAUCACUAGCGAUGGGAGUGGGGCUACCAUAAUCUAGACGUCCUGGGCCCAGAUUUUUGAAGCUAUCUUAGUGCUAUGAUAUCGUAAAACCGUGUAGGGUAUGACAUGCGACGACGCGAUGUCGUAGCUUACGACGGUUUUACGAUAUCGUAGCGUUAAGAUAGCUUCAAAAAUCUGGAGCCAGGAUCCUACGACGAAAGCACCUCGGACAAGUGCUCUACCAACUAAGCUGGAUCUCGCUAUUCAGCUGUAUAGUACAGUAACACAAACAGAAGUGCUAUGUAAAAUAUUGAAGACAUGUUGAAGCUGUUUUGUUUUGGCAGAAUGUUUGCCAAAAUGUCUAUAAUUUUUGGUACCUUUAACAAUGUGGAAGAAAGCAGGCACAAAUUUUUCCAACACCUGCGUCUUUCACAUGUUUCUGUUGAUGUGGUCCAUAUUAUUUUGUUAUUGAGAAUAAUAAAAGGUGCCGAUAUGGACAUCAUAAUAAUGUACUAACAUAAAACUACAUGUGCUAGUCUCAUGUGAUGUGGUAAAAACUAUCAAGUGUAAUAAAAUUGAGAAAUUAAA